UCCCGUGGAUUUGCCAAAACUACGAGUACUGUGUUGUGUGAUUACUUUUUUGCUGACUGUGCGUGAUUUGGAUUUAGUUUUUUAAAUAUUUUUGGUCAGUCAGACAUCAAAAUGAGGCUCUCUCCAGAACACCUGCUUCUAAUAUUCUGCCUGUCAUUUGUGGCAGCUGAUGAAAUUGACAUCGAGGUUUCCAGUGGGACUAUCUUGAAGUUUUUGAGGGAAAUGUCAAAUCAAACCAAAGGAGACACAUUGAACCUGCCCGCCAACGCGACGUCCAUCAGAGAGAACAUCACUGACACGUUUAGCUGCGAGAACCGCACAUACGGCUACUAUGCCGACGUGGACAACGAGUGCCAGCUGUUCCACGUAUGCUUGCCCUCGCAGACGCCCAGUGGACGCAACGUGACUUACAAGUGGAGCUUCAUAUGCCCUGCCGAGACUGUGUUCAACCAGGAAGUCCUAGUCUGCACCAGACCACGCGACGCCAUCCCCUGCGAAGACUCCCCAAUGUACUACGAUAUCAACAUGGAGUUUGGUCGAGUCAUUGACGACAAAAACGAAGAAGACCCUAAGAAAGAAACCACCAACAUCCAACCUGUAAAAGUUAACAAUAACAAGAAAACUCAAAUAAAGAAACAUCCGAACAGAAAACAGAACAUUAUCGUUGAAACUUUACUAAAUGACGUCAUAAAUGAAAAGGUAGAUAAGGAGUUAAAUGAAAUGGGUUACAAAGAUGAAGAUGAAAUGGCGCCUGAAGAGAUAUUCCCCAUUGUGGUCGAUCCAGUCGAUUCUGAACCUAAAAUCGAAGAAGUUGGGGAUGGAAUUGAAAUGAACACUGAUGAGGAAAGCAUUGCUGAUGAAGGAAGACUAGCAGAAGAAAGAAGUAUGAUCUGGAGGGGGAGGAAGUUAGAACGAGGAUUGUUUAGGUUUAAAGCUGAUGUGUAAAUAAGGUCUAGAUUUUAAGUAAGUUCUGUAAAUAUGAGGUUAAGAUGCAAUAAAUGA